CGUCUGAUCGAAAUAGGUAUUUACGUAAACAAAAUGAAGGCUGUCAUUGUUGCCCUAUUCACCAUCUUAGCCAUGGCUUCAGCAGGUAUAGUACUUUCUCCAAGCCUCGGCUAUUCUUACCAACCGUUAGCAUAUUCAGCACCAUUAGUUGUACCAUCUGCAUAUUCAUAUGUGGCUGCACCCGUAAGUUAUGCUGCUGCACCAGCGAUCCAGUCAGGUUAUGUAGCUGCAACGCGUGGCUCCAUCCACACAGCUCCUCUACCAGAAGGCCCUUUUGCUUUUAGUCACCACAUCAAUACGGCUCCAGCUCCAGGAACCGCUUAAGAUACAUUCUUGAUGUAAAGUAAAUAAAAAUAAUAAAUUAAAUUUUAA